CUCAGUGAUGGCACCUGUUGACGGAUUCUACGUGUAAUACCGGGAAACAAGUACGGCCGACGAUUACAUAAAAGCGACGGUAGAGGGAGAGAGCACGAGAGCUUUCAACAUCACUCACCUACGCGCCAACACCGCCUACGAUGUUAAACUGCAGGCCUUCACUGUGGGAACUGCGUCCGAUUUCAGCGAGAUAUUCACCUGCAAAACACAGAAAGAGCCAAACGCAACAGUGGUGGUGGAACCAGACGAGAAGGGCUUUGACGGGACAGGACUUCGUCCGCACCCAGCCGUGCAUAGCAACGGUCAGCUGUAUUGGUCGCGCUCCGUGUUGGCCGGCCUGGCUCUGCUCUGCACCCUUGUGCUGCUCAUCUGCAUUUGCAACAAGCAUCGGUCAUCUGGCGCCGGUACGACCUUCAUCUUAUCACAAACAAUUUCAUCAAAACAACCACUAUUAAUAAAUGGGAGAGAAC